AGAUUUGAUUGGAAAAAAAACUAUGGGAUAAUUUCAUAAUUGUUAAUGCAGAUGCUGGAAUGGAGCAGUACUUAUCUAUCUAAUUUAGCUGGAGUUAUCGCAAUUGUGAUGUUAAUGGCGAUAUGGGCGACGAGCUUUGCACGUGUGAGGAGAAAAAUGUUCGAACUUUUCUUUUACGUUCACCAUCUCUACAUUCCCUACCUCGUCUUUUACAUGUUCCAUGUUGGAGUGGCCUAUCUUUGCAUGAUCCUUCCUGGAAUCUUUCUCUUCAUUAUCGAUCGAUACUUAAGAUUCCUUGUAUCCAAACGGAGGACUAGGCUCGUUUCGUCACGCCUUUUAUCUAACCGCACUAUGGAACUAACCUUCGCCAAGAGUCCAGGUGAAUUUACAAUGCAAGCAUUUUCACAAAUUAUAUAUUUUUUUCUAAUAAGAAAUUUAUCUAAUUUCUGUUUUUUUUUUUGUUUUGUUUUAGGGUUGGAGUAUAAUCCCACAAGUACGUUGUUCGUGCAUGUUCCGAGCGUAUGCAAAUUGCAGUGGCAUCCCUUUACGAUAAUUUCGAGCAGCAACUUGGAGACCGAUAAGCUAAGUGUUGUAAUAAAAAGUCAGGGGAAUUGGACAGAAAAGCUCUACCAGCAGCUUUCGACUUCUCCGGAUCAUCUUCAAGUAUCAACCGAAGGACCUUACGAACCCGCAUCGUUUCAUUUUCUAAGGUAAAAAUAUUAUCAGUAUCGGAUUUAUAAAUUCACUCGGUUUUUUAGUUUAACACAGUUCAAAUGUUUUUUUUUUCCAGCCGCGAGUCUUUGGUGAUGAUCAGUGGAGGAAGUGGGAUUACUCCGUUCAUCUCGAUAAUACGAGAAAUAAUUUCCAUGAGUACGGAAUCUGGCCGAAAGGUUCCGAAGAUUCUCCUAGUGGCUGCAUUUAAGACUACAGCGGAUCUAACCAUGCUGGAUCUCUUGCUUCCUUUGUCUGGCAUUCCUACAGACAUAUCCAAAUUGCAAAUUCAGAUAGAAGCGUACGUUACUCAAGAACACGAAAGACCACAUGAAGAAUAUUCCAAGAAUCAAAUUCAGACAAAAGGGUUCAAGACGAAUCCAUUGGAUUCUCCCAUAUCAGCAGUUUUAGGCAAAAACGGCUGGCUCUGGCUCGGCGCGAUAAUUUCGUCUUCAUUUUUCAUGUUUUUACUGCUAUUGGGAUUCGUGACUCGUUACCAAAUAUAUCCAGUGGAGCAUAGGAAAAAGAAUUACCAUUACAGCUACAAGAUUCUUUGGGACAUGUUUCUUGUAUGUGCCAGUAUCUUCGUAGCAACGAGUGCCGUUUUUCUAUGGCAGAAGAGGAAACUAUCUGUUGAUCAAAAGCAAAUUAAGAAUGUGGAUUUUCAUACACCGACGACAAUGUCGCCUUCGUCGUGGUUAAGUCCUUCGGAUAGAGAACUCGAGAGCCUCCCGUGUCAGUCUCUUGUUCAAUCGACUACAGUUCAUUAUGGCGCACGACCUGAUCUUAAGAGUACUCUCUCUCUCUCUCUCUCUCUCUCUCUCUCUCUCUCUCUGGAUACUUCUCGAUUGCAAAGGAUCGGAUAUUGGAGUUCUAGCUUCCGGCCCUACAAGUAUACGUCAGAAAGUCGCCAAAAUCUGCGCAUCUGGUUCAUCCAAAAACCUGUAUUUUGA